UUUCUUUUGUUUUGUUUUGUUUAGUUUAGUUUUUUUUUUUUUUUGAGUUUUUCCUUUUCGCUUUUGUUGUUGCAAAAUGGCAGGACAACCGCAAUAUGCCGAAUUUCCGCACUGCGUGUCCGAGUCGACGCGCGAGCUGGUGCGCCUGGCCAAUGAGAUGAAACUGGCCGCCGAACUGGAGGCCAGCAGCAAGAAGGCGGCGAUAAAGAAGGCGGCUGGCAAGCGGGCUCAGCGCAUGCCGGCGACCAUGGAAAUUUACAAGAAAAUGUGGAAGACGCAUCGGGAGCGGGUGAAGAAGGCCGUCAGUAAGCUGGACGCAGAGCCGCCAACAUUUCAGGCCGCUCGCGUCACCGGCAUCAAUGGGCUGCGGGACGAGGCGUAUGUGUUCAUGAAUCGCACCAAGCAGAAUAUCCAGCUGCUGGUGGAAAUAUCGCGCAUUAUGCGCACCCACGGCACCGUCAAUCCCUUUCGCUACGAGCAGACAUACGCCAUGUCGGGCAUACCGAUGGCCAUUGCCAAUUUGGAGCGGCUGGAGCGCGAGAAUAGGGAUCUGGGCAAGCGCAUUCUGGACGUUCAAAGCAUUGUGGACACGGGCCUGGACAAGAAGACGCGGCCCGGCCAUAAGGAAAAGAAAAUCGCUGAAAUUCCAUUGGAACUGCCACUCGAGGCGCUGGCCAAGUACAAGGAUUUCAAUAUACAGCUGCCGGAAACGGAUGCGGAACGCAAGCGCAUCUUCCGGCCGCGCAUCUACUUUGAUAUGUACCUAAAGGAUGCCCGACCGCUGGGCCGGAUUGUGGUGCAACUGUACACGGAGGCGGCGCCGCUGGUCGUCCUGCAGAUGGUGCGCUCCUGCAUGUGCAAUCAGGCGGGCAAAUUUCUGGUCAAGCGUCUCUUUCCCAAUCUCUGGCUGGAGGCGGAACUGCAGCUGGGGCCGGACUCGCUGCUGCAUCAGCCGCUCGAGUACGAUGCCAAGGUGAUCGAUCACGGCCAAUACAAUAAUGUGCUGUCCUUCAGCAAAUCGCACUGCACGGGCUUUCCCGAGCGCCUGUCCUUUGCCAUAUCGUUCAAGCCGCUGACAGUGGUGAAUGGUACGCGCGUGGGCUUCGGUCGCAUUGUCAAGGGCAGCAAAAUCUGCGAAUGCAUCCAGAGCUAUGGCACCAAGAAUGGCAAGCUCAGUCGUGGUCUGCUCUUCACCAGCUGUGGGCUGCUUUAGGCUGACCUUAACCCCUCACCAACCCACCCCACCCCAAAAUCUCUUUGUGUAUUUCUCUCUCGUGUCAACGAAAUUGUUUGUAUAAUAAAUCCUUGAUGUGC